CAACCUCAAACGUAAAUUACAAACCUCAAUACAUAUAAUCUACAUACAUAAAUAUAUACAUACAGAUACACAAACAUAUACAUACAGAUAACAGCAUGGAAGUCUCCGGUGUGGUUUUCCGGUCAAUGCCAUGUCUGAACCAGAGCUCUAUCUCAAAAUCUUGUUUAUUCGCCGGAGACGCCGGAAUUGCGUUUUCCGGCGAGAUGAGCAAGAUGGGCCGCCAUGAAUUGAGGGUUUAUGCAAAACCCAGGAAGGCUUUUGGGUUUUAUGAUGAUGGUCACAUAGAGUACUAUAACAAGUCUUUGAAGAUGAUAAGGUGUGGUGGAGUCAAAGAGAAAGAGAAAGAGCUGGAAUCUCAAGAGAAGAAGAUGAAGAAGAAGUUAAAACUGUUGAAAGGGUUGUCUAAGAAUAUUUCAAUGUUUUCUGGUAUGGGGUUUGGGUUGGAUUCUGAGGUGGGGAUUGCUGGUGAAGUUAAGGGCAAGAUGAUCUCUGAAGCUGCAGACAUGUUACUUGCGCAACUACAACAACUGAAAGCAGAGAAAAAGGAAAUUAAGAGACAAAGAAAAGAAGAGAAAUCCAAGUUAAAAGCUUUGCGAAUGAAGAACAAGAUGGAAUGUAAAGGCGACUCGAGCUCUUCUUCAGAAUCGAGUGAUGAAGAAUGUGGGGAAGUAAUUGACAUGAACAGAUUGAAAAUUGAAUCAGGCACAGUAAACGACCAACACGUAAUCAGUCAAGAAUCGACCUUAACAAUUCCAAGCACACCAAACAUGGCCGAGGAAAGGAGUAUUGGAGUUAGUGCUUUGAGUACUACUGGUGAGAGCAAUGUGGAUAAUUUAUAUUCUUUACAAGGAAACAGUCUAGCCACAGAAUCAUCGAGCCGGAAGAUAGAGGUAUGUAUGGGUGGGAAAUGUAAGAAAUUAGGGGCGGUGGCUCUGAUGAACGAGUUUCAGAAGGCAGUGGGCGUAGAAGGGUCAGUUGUCGGAUGCAAGUGCAUGGGCAAAUGCAAAAGUGCGCCCAAUGUGAAGGUAUUGAAUUCCAUUGAUGGGAUUGCAGGUGAAGUGGUAGAUGAUUCUGUUAGAACACCGGCUAAUCCAUUGUGUAUAGGUGUUGGUGUGGAAGAUGUUGGUACUAUCGUUUCGAACUUCUUUGGUGCAAAUCACAAUGACUUGGGGCUUGCAGCUGCAUCAUAGCAUUAUGUUUUGGAUUGUCACAAAGAUAUUUGUUCCUCUGUGGUCUGCAUCCUGUGGCAUUGACAUAUAGGUCCAGUUUUUUUUUCCUUGCAAAUAGGUUUUAGGUUUGUUUCGAUAUGAAAAUGGUUUUUUUUUUUUUUUUUUUGUCAGGGAUAUGAAAAUGGUUUAAUAAAACCAUAGCUGUACAAUUUAUGUAAAUUUACGUGUGUUGGUAAAUCAAUGCAAUCCAAAAGCAACUAUUGCUUGCUAAA